CCCGGCGGCUGCUGCACAGCCUCCCAGUUUCCUUCUCUCGUCGCAGUUUUUUCCAUCUAACCUUCGAAUUUCACGCUCGAAUUUGGAUACCAGCUGGCGAUUAUCCGCUCUUCGAUCAGCUCCCAAUUGACUGCUUGGUGGAAUUACACACGAAAGAGUGGAUGUACGUAAUCGCUGGAGGCAGAGUUUGGUCCAGCGACUUCCGGCAUCAGCUCGCCAUUGCGGAUGUUCUACGAGUCACCGUGGCCAAGUGUUUCUUUCACGUAGAUUUUCUGAAGCCUUUGGGUUCAAGAUUUUGCUUCUUGGAUCAUACAUUCCCACACAGCGUACCAAGAACAUUAUUCAUAAAUAAGAACAGAAAAGAAGCAUUAUCCGCCCACACGACGGCGCUUCACCUAUUCAAAUAUAAAGUCUAA